AUUCUCACAACCACCUCUCUCUCUCUCUCGAAGAAAGCACAAGGAUUCAUCACUCUUUGACGAAGUCACAUUAUCACUUUCCUUGUUGAACGAGAGAACACAGAGUAAAACAAUGACGUUUGCAGUUCCAUUUUCCUCUUGCAGACCAAACCCUUUCUCUCUCUCCUUCCGUCUUCUUCUUCCUCUGUUCUUUGCUCAUCUCCUUACAUCUACCUCGGCCAGUCUCUCUUUCAACUUCUACGGAAUUUCAUGUCCUGGAGCUGAAUUCGUCGUCAGAAACACCGUUAGAUCUGCCUCUUCCAACGAUCUGACGGUCCCUGGAAAGCUCCUCCGUCUCCUCUUCCAUGACUGCUUCGUGGAUGGUUGUGAUGGAUCAGUGAUGAUAGAAGGCAACAGCACAGAGAGGAGUGAUCCGGCGAAUGCGUCUCUUGGAGGUUUCUCUGUGAUAGAGAACGCCAAAUCUGUUCUUGAGAUCUUCUGUCCAGGCAUCGUUUCCUGCGCUGACAUCAUCGCCCUCGCUGCCAGAGACGCCGUCGAAGCUGUGGGAGGACCCGUGGUUGAGAUUCCGACAGGACGAAAAGAUGGGACAGUGUCCGUGGCGGCGAAUGUGAGACCGAACAUCAUAGACACCGAUUUCACGCUUGAUCAGAUGCUCACUGUCUUCUCUUCUAAAGGCUUGUCCCUUCAAGAUGUCGUCAUCCUCUCAGGAGCACAUACGAUCGGAUCUGCACAUUGCAAUGCAUUCAACGACAGGUUCAAGAGAGAUCGGAAAGGCGAGUUGGAGCUAAUCGACAAAUCUCUGGACAACGCAUACGCAGAAUCACUGAUGAACAAGUGCUCGUCGGACUCGGCGUCGGUGAGCAACGAUCCAGAAACCGCGUUUGCAUUCGACAACCAGUACUACAGGAAUCUCCAAGCCCACAAGGGGCUGUUUCAGACAGAUUCCGUCCUGUUGGAAGACCAGCGUACGAGGAAGAUGGUGGAAGACUUAGCCAGCGAUCAGGCGAGCUUCUUCGACAAGUGGAGUGAGUCUUUUGUGAAGCUGAGUUUGGUUGGUGUUAGAACUGGUGAAGACGGUGAAGUUAGAAGAUCUUGUUCUUCUGUCAACUUAUAGAACUUUUUUUUUUUAUUAUUAUUCAAAUGCACAAAUUCUGAAACGUGAAGGGGAAAAAAGGGUUUUUUUU